GGUCUGGACUCCUUGCAUUGCCACAACACAUCCCUGGGAUCUGGUGUAAGGAGAGACUACUUUCACACAGAGAAUACUUGGAGCUGAGGGUGUCCCUCUUUCUAUUUCCUCUCCUCUGUGUCCCCAUCUUUCUCUAGUAUACUCUGCCUCUGUACCUCACUGUUCCUUCAACCCUAUCUCCCGAGCCAAGAAGAGCUGCUCCACAUGCUGGGACACUCAAUGACCAUUCAGUAAGGGGGCAAAUCUGAAAAUCUGCUGAUAUAGCACUUCUGCUGCUUCCUUACCGGACUGAGACGAGGAAGAGAGCCUGCACGGAAGCUGUCUGCAGAGAAGAACGAGGAGCUCCAACUGACAAGUUCUCCUGCCUCUUCAGGGCACAAAGGUGGACUCACAUUAAGGAGUGUUCUUCUUACCUUUAAGGAGCUGGGAUUCUAAGUACACUUCUUAUUCGCUGCCAGAAUUAGGAACCUUACUCACUAUUAGAAAUAUUAUCAUCUGAACUUUCUAUUGUCCUUCUGACAGCAGCUGCAUUGAUUCCAGUUCUGUAGGUUGCGCACUUCUUUCUAAUAUUAUGUACCUGUGAAGGUCCCCCAACGUGGACUAAGUCCUAAGCUGUGAUAUCCAAAAGGUCGAAUUGGAUGAAUUUAUCCAUGAGAGAUCCACUAAUUUCAGGGUCAAGCAUGGCUUACCACCCAUUCCUAUCACACCGUGCACCGGACUUUGCAAUGAGCGCUGUUCUUGGACACCAGCCUCCCUUUUUUCCAUCUCUGGCACUGCCACCCAAUGGGGCUGCUCUAUCCCUUCCUGGUGCCCUAGCCAAGCCCAUCAUGGAUCAAUUAGUGGGUGCUGCAGAGGCUGGCAUCCCCUUUUCUUCUCUGGGUCACCAGGCAGCUUCUCAUUUAAGGCCUCUUAAAACGCUUGAACCAGAAGAAGAAGUUGAAGAUGAUCCAAAAGUUCAUUUGGAAGCCAAGGAUCUCUGGGAACAGUUCCACAAAAGGGGAACUGAGAUGGUCAUCACCAAAUCUGGGAGGAGAAUGUUUCCACCAUUUAAAGUUAGAUGCACAGGCCUUGACAAAAAAGCAAAAUACAUCCUCCUUAUGGACAUAGUGGCUGCAGACGACUGCAGAUACAAGUUCCAUAACUCCCGCUGGAUGGUGGCUGGCAAGGCUGACCCCGAAAUGCCCAAGAGAAUGUACAUUCACCCGGACAGCCCGGCCACAGGAGAACAAUGGAUGUCAAAAGUGGUCACCUUCCAUAAGCUCAAGCUCACUAACAACAUCUCUGACAAGCAUGGCUUUACCAUUUUAAACUCCAUGCACAAGUAUCAGCCCAGGUUCCACAUAGUGCGGGCGAAUGACAUUAUGAAGCUGCCCUACAGCACCUUCAGAACCUAUGUGUUCCCUGAGACCGAUUUCAUUGCGGUGACUGCAUACCAGAAUGAUAAGAUCACGCAAUUAAAAAUCGACAACAAUCCUUUUGCCAAAGGCUUCCGUGACACUGGGAAUGGAAGGAGGGAGAAAAGGAAACAACUGAGCCUCCAGUCCAUGCGAGCCUUUGAUGAGCAGCAGAAGAAAGAUAAUGGCAGCUCAGAUGAAUCCUCCAGUGAGCAGACUGCGUUUAAAUGCUUUGCCCAGACCUCCUCUCCAAGCGCAUCCACAGUGGGCACUUCAAAUCUUAAAGGCAUUUGCGACAGUGAAGGAGACAGUGAGGAUGAUAUUAAAGAUGAGUCCACACAUGAUACCGGGGAGUCAUCCAAAAUUUCCACAACCACUGGGGAACACCCUAUAGAGACGAGGAGCCCCUCCAAGCUCUCUUCGGACUUGGGCAGCAGAGGCAGGGAACAGAGUUCGAGGACUGGGAAGAGUUCCCCAGAUUCUAGGCACAGUCCAGGGCAAAUCUCUUCUAGUAGCAGAGUCCUAAGUGUGGAUGACCUUAAGACCUCAACAAGGGACUCACAUAAACUGGACGAUCCAAAGCAGCCCAAGGAGCACUACAAUCCACUGACAGUACAGACAGACAGCAGCUCUCAUCCUCUAUCCCAAGGCCAUCUGCAGAACCUGGGAUUCCCCCCUGGCUUGACUGGGCAGCAGUUCUUUAACCCCUUGGGGGCUUCACACCCAUUGCUUUUUCACCCCAGUCAGUUUGCUAUGGGAGGGGCGUUUUCCAGCAUGGCAACUGGUAUGAGUCCAUUACUAACCACCGUUUCUGGAAUGGCAUCAGGCGUUAACAGCAUAGACUCUACAGGGAUGGUCUCUUCAUCUCAAGGACUACAAGGGGCAUCAUCCUUACCUUUCCACCUCCAGCAGCACGUCCUGGCCUCUCAGGGUCUGGCUAUGUCACCUUUUGGAGGGCUUUUCUCCUAUCCUUACACCUAUAUGGCCGCAGCUGCUGCAGCCUCCUCUGCUGUCCACAGACACCCUUUCUUGAAUGCUGUACGGCCCAGGCUGAGGUAUAACCCCUACUCCUUCCCUAUGCCCAUGGCUGAGACUGGCAGCUUGCUGACCACUGCCCUCCACACAUUACCCAACGGCACUCUUGACGGGAAAGGUCCUAGUCUGGCGCCCAGCCCGGCCUCUGCAGCCUUGGACUCUGAAUUAACUAGCAGAUCUUCAACCUUGUCCUCUGGAUCAGUGUCCUUGUCCCCCAAACUGUGUGCAGAGAAGGAGGCCAGCAGCGAACUGCAGAAUAUCCAGCGCCUGGUCAGUGGACUAGACCCCAAGCAGGACAGAUCCCGAAGCGGCUCCCCCUGACAGGCACACAGGAGGCUUUCCUGCUCAUUCCAAACUUUUUAUCUCAUUGCACUUUGUAUGUUAAAGACGCGUCCUGUAGUCAGUGUGCUCAUAUGUCCCAUGCACAGCCACCAACACUGAGCAGACAGGGGCCAAAGCUGCUAGCCAGGUGAAAAUGCCAAUAUCUACAGAUUCUCUACCACUUUUCCACCCCACAGCCCAUGCAUGUUGUGUGAGGUAUGUCUCAGACUAAAACUUGAAGAGGUGGCAGACCCAUAGAUCUGAUCCUUCUCCUCUCAGACUUUAUUUGUGGUCAUUUACGGGAAGAUAAGGGUUUUGUUAUUUUUCAUUUCUUUGUUGUUGUUUUUUUGUCAGUCACAGAAUGAGCAUUUGCAUGCGAAUAAAAUCACUUGCUCCAAGUGCCCUGAAUAAUAAGUAAUGUUCUGGGAAGGUCUACCCUCCUGCAGAUAUUUAUGCCCAUGCCCCUGUCAUCAGGAGGGGGUGGCUAGGGGAGGCAAGUGUAGAAAACAAAAGUAUUUAUGUAAUUAUUUGAUAGCUCCUGUAAAUACUUCAGAACAAGAAUUCUGAUUAUUAAACAUUAAUUUAUUUCGAUUGUACAUAGUUCUGUAAAUACUGUGCGAUUAUUGCCUUUAUUUUCGCGUGUAUUAACCUAUUAGGUGCCAAAAGCAUAGCAUUCAGACGUGCAUGGCACACAGGGCGGUUAGAGAAAUGAGUUUCUAUUAGGUAAUUAUUGAAGGGUAGAGAUAUUAAAGUGUACUGGUGUCAUUUCUCUUCACUCCUAUCAUGCAGGUAAGGAACACCCCAAAUCUAACAUUUCACCAGAAAUAAUCUGCCUCCCAGUCACCCUAUUGUCCUGCCCUGUUGGUCUCUGUACAUUAUUUCCCCUUGAGCUGUGUUGCUGAUAAUAUAUGAAGGUAUAAUUGCAUACAUGCAUAUAUAUACACGAUGUAAUGAAUGUUUCAUAGAUAUGUGUUCCCCUUGUAUUUCCUUAUUUUCAAAGCCUCAACAACUUUCA